UUUUUGCUGCUCAGUUGUUCACUGGAACCCGUAAAUCCAAUCAUAAUAAUUUACUAAUCAGUGUUAUUUAAAAAUUCAGGAAUUUUCCAGUGAUGGAAAGAGAACUGGAAUGAUAAUCAGAUUUUUUACUGAUUGACGAAGGGAAGAAGAGGAGAAUCAGGUGUGUUUUGUAAUGGCGUAGGCAACUGUCAAACGCUGUUUCUAUCUCCACUUUGUUUAAUGAAAUUAGAAAAUUAGGUAAAAAUGUCGAUCAAUUUAGACGUGAGGCUGAAGCGAGCGAGUAAGAUCUACCACGAAGGGUGACAAAUAGGUUAUUCAAGGAAACAGUGGCUGGAUUACUUCUGCUCCAAACGAGUUCUGAGGUCAAACACGAUGGAAUUUCCCUCACGAUGGAGGGAUCAGUCAAUUUGCAGUUGAGUUCUAAAAAUGUCGGGAUUUUUGAAGCUUUUUAUAACUCAGUGAAGCCCAUACAAUUGGUGCAAUAUACUCUAGCAGUAGCUCCGGCAGGAAAGAUUCCCAGUGGAAAAACAGAAAUCCCCUUUGAACUGCCCCUGAAGCCUCGUGGAUCGAGAACUCUACACGAAACUUAUCACGGAGUUUUCGUUAAUAUUCAGUACGUCAUACGAUGCGACAUAAAACGAAGUUUCCUUGCCAAGGACGUCAGCAAGUCCCUAGAAUUCAUGGUGGAGAACAAACUGGGACUGCCCAAGGAGAUUCCAGUGUCGAGUAAAACAGUCAACUUCAAGAUAAUGCCAGAGUCACUGCAGAAUAUCAGAGAUCGAGCCAAUGUUCCUCGUUUCUGCAUCACUGGCAAGAUUAAUUCGGUUAUUUGCAAACUCUCUGAGCCACUCACUGGAGAGGUGGUUAUUGAACGUUGUGAGACAACGAUCAAGUCCAUUGAACUGCAACUGGUGAGGGUGGAGACCUGUGGAUGUGCUGAGGGAUACUCCAGGGAUGCAACCGAAAUCCAGAAUAUACAGAUCGGCGAGGGGAAUGUUUGCAUUGGUUUACCCGUACCUAUUUACAUGAUAUUUCCGAGAUUAUUCACCUGUCCGACGUUGAGCACCAGUAACUUCAAAAUUGAAUUUGAAGUGAACCUGAUCGUCGUUUUCGAGGAUGACUACCUUGUAACGGAAAAUUUUCCCAUAAUCCUCGGUCGUCACUAACGGUGGCUAACGAAUUUGUAAAUUCUAAUAAAUCCACAAAGGUCAUUUGUAUAAAAAUGUACAUUAUCCGUUUUAUAUAAUUUUCUCGCGCGGUAUAAGACAUUCGUAAUGAAAAUAUUCGUAAAAAUAAAAUAUUUAAAAAACUGCCUAA